CUCCUGGGAAUUUAGUGUACUUUGUGAAGUUUGUUCACCUAGGAAAAAAAUCAAAAUAUUGCAUUUUUGAGCAAUUUUUACCAUUUUUUAGGUAUUUUUACACAGUCGUAUAGCAUAGAUUGAGACCAAGGAAGACACAGGUAUCGAAAUAUACCCAAAAGUGCUCUGUGAAAAGGUCACAAGUCAGGAAGUGAAAGUGAUCUCGAAAGUGAGGUUAAGUGUAUGUAUGUUUUCACUUUUCACGGAGGCUGAUUUUUUCUAUCAAAUUGCCCUUUUAUUUGCAAUUUACAACAAGACACGCAAUUGAAAUGGGCGGAGAUAGUAAACCAGAAAUUGCAAAGGACGCUAAGGAUGUUGAUCCUGAGAUGUCCACGAGGAAAUCUUUGAUUAUUCUUGCCACUAUCUUUAUUAGCAGUCUCGUGGCUAUGUUUUAUGUCUAUCUCAUGUUUCCUGAGCUUGAAGAUUCUGAAAAGGAGCAUCUGCGAAUCCCUUGGGAUAUCGAAGAUGCGAAGCUGUUAGGCCUGGUGCUAGAUCGCUACAAAGAUCGUUACUAUUUCGAAGUGAUGUUCGGAAUAAUCCUCACUUAUAUAUUUUUGCAGACAUUUGCCAUUCCAGGAUCCCUAUUUCUCUCAAUUCUCAGUGGAUUCCUAUUUAAUUUUCCCACCGCUCUCAUCCUGGUGUGCUUCUGCUCAGCCCUGGGGGCCACACUGUGUUACCUACUUUCGCAGCUUGCUGGUCGACGUCUCGUGAGACGCUUCUUACCCGAGAGAGCAGCCACCUGGUCCCGACAGAUUGAUAAGCAUCGAGAUAAUUUGCUAAGCUACAUGCUCUUCCUCCGAAUGACACCAUUCCUGCCCAAUUGGUUCAUCAAUUUAGUGGCACCGGUGAUAGGAGUGCCACUCUUCCCCUUCGCCUUUGGCACCUUCCUCGGAGUUGCUCCGCCUUCAGUAAUUGCCAUUCAGGCCGGGAAGACUCUUCACACUAUGACGAGCUCUAGUGAUGCAUUCUCCUGGACAUCCAUGGGUAUCCUGGCAGCAACAGCAAUUCUCUCCUUGGUUCCUGUUUUCCUCAAAAACAAACUCAAAGCGAAAAUUGAGUGAACUCUCCACAAAGAUCUCCCCUAAUUCCCCUCUCCCUCCCUUGAAUCCACACCAAAUGUAUUUUAGUCGAAUUGGCAAGAGAUGAACACGUGAGUUUGUCCCUUAACUAGAGAAAAAUAUAUAUAUUUUGAAUUUGUUGAUGUAUAAAUGUGCUUUGGAGUCGUG